AUGUCAACUAACAACCCCUUCAGAACCCCAUUAGGUCAUAGCGAAACAAAACCCAUCGAUACCAAAGUCAAACUAAUGACUUUCGAUGGAAAGGAAGACGUUCUAUCACUACCAAAGUUUGUAGCUACCUUAAAACUACAAAUGGUGACCCAACAAGCCAUUACCGAUGCUGAAAAGAUUGCGUUCUUUGCCCAACAUUUAACAGGAAACGCAGUCACAUGGGCACUUAACUGGGUUGAUGAGCCACCAACAGAUGCUACAUGGGAGAAUUUCAUUAAGGAUUUCGAAAGUCAUUAUACCAGUAAAAUUGAUAUCCAUAAGCUUUUAAACUUUAUUCACAAUAUUAAUGAAGCCAGUAUAGGUAUUGAACGCUAUAACGCAUCAUAUCGAAGACUUAUCGCUCUAUUGCCAAAGGACCUGUGGUCCGAGAAGGCCAUCUUGGCUCAAUACGCCAGAAACCUAUCCCCAACAACCUAUGAAAGAAUUGCCGCUGCUGAACCUUCAACACUAAAGAAGGCAAUGGUAAUCGCUUAUGAAACGAUUCCUAUUCAAAGCAGGGAAUUUUCCACAGGAACCCAGCAGAGCUUCAAUUUGCCUAUGGGCACCCAACAAUCCAGAAUGACACCCGUACUAGGGAUCAACCAAGUUAUGGCAUACAACCAAACAAAUGACCUUAAUGAAUAUACAAUAUCUGCAGUUCAACGUAGAGGCCUGAUUUCUAGGGAAGAAUGCAUCCAGAAAAACCAAUGCUUCAACUAUAAGAAACCAGGCCACCGCCUAGAUCAGUGUAGAACUCGUCCUGCAGGGCCAAACCCAAACCACUACUAA